CAUGUAUACACGCACAUGUACGGGCACACACGCAGGCAUUACACACACACAGGCAUUACACACACACCCGCACGGACGCGCACACACGCACAGGAAAGGUCAGCCCCAAGCAGGGCUGGGGAGGGGUGCAGGGCGCGGCGUGUCUGUGGGCGCCGUGACGCAGCCGGGAGGUUUUCGGGCAAGUCUGCGAGAAGACUGCCGGCCCUGAAUGGGGCGGGUACCCGCGCGGUUGCGCGUGGGUCCCGGGAGCGGCCUCCGGCGCCCUCUGGCGGGCGGAAGCCGCGCAGCACCUCUUGGGGUCGGAACGCGCGGCCGCUACCGACUCCCGGCCCGCCCCAGCCCGCGUGCAGGACCCGGUCGUCCCCUUCUGCUGUCCUGGAGCCCAGACUGAGGCCCCAGGGGCGCGGCGGGGCUCCCGGUCCACGCAAGCCACGGCCCGUCAGCGCCUCGGCUCAGCCCUGCCCUCCGCAGCCGCUUUCGGGUGGCUCCGCCCGCGGCCCAAUUUCCAGGCGACCGUUUCCCGGCGACGGCGGGCGGGGCCGUCUCUGCCGCCCCCCGCCGCGCGCUCCGCGGGCGCCUGCGACGCCCCGCCUCUGGCUCGGGUGCGGGAGCAGGGCCUGCCCGGGCUGCGACGCCGCCACAGCUCGGGGCCAGUCCGCCCAGUCAGGGGGAUGGCUCGGGCGGCCUCGGGGGUCGACGAUCCCCCGGGACAUUGACAAGCAGUACGUGGGCUUCGCUACACUGCCCAACCAGGUGCACCGCAAGUCAGUGAAGAAAGGCUUUGACUUCACGCUCAUGGUGGCUGGUGAGUCAGGCCUGGGGAAAUCCACACUGGUCCACAGCCUCUUCCUGACAGACUUAUACAAGGACCGGAAGCUGCUCAGUGCCGAGGAGCGCAUCAGCCAGACGGUAGAGAUUCUAAAGCACACGGUGGACAUUGAGGAGAAGGGAGUCAAGCUGAAGCUCACCAUCGUGGACACACCGGGAUUCGGGGAUGCCGUCAACAACACCGAGUGCUGGAAGCCCAUCACUGACUAUGUGGACCAGCAGUUUGAGCAGUACUUCCGCGACGAGAGCGGCCUCAACCGAAAGAACAUCCAAGACAACCGAGUGCACUGCUGCCUGUACUUCAUCUCCCCCUUCGGGCAUGGGCUGCGGCCAGUGGAUGUGGGUUUCAUGAAGGCGUUGCAUGAGAAGGUUAACAUCGUGCCUCUCAUCGCCAAAGCUGACUGUCUUGUCCCCAGUGAGAUCCGGAAACUGAAGGAGCGGAUCCGGGAGGAGAUUGACAAGUUUGGGAUCCAUGUAUACCAGUUUCCUGAGUGUGACUCGGAUGAGGAUGAGGACUUCAAGCAGCAGGACCGGGAACUGAAGGAGAGCGCGCCCUUCGCUGUUAUAGGGAGCAACACGGUGGUGGAGGCCAAGGGGCAGCGUGUCCGGGGCCGCCUGUACCCCUGGGGGAUCGUGGAGGUGGAGAACCAGGCGCACUGCGACUUCGUGAAGCUGCGCAACAUGCUCAUCCGCACGCACAUGCACGACCUCAAGGACGUGACAUGCGACGUGCACUACGAGAACUACCGUGCGCACUGCAUCCAGCAGAUGACCAGCAAACUGACCCAGGACAGCCGCAUGGAGAGCCCCAUCCCGAUCCUGCCGCUGCCCACCCCGGACGCCGAGACUGAGAAGCUUAUCAGGAUGAAGGAUGAGGAACUGAGGCGCAUGCAGGAGAUGCUGCAGAGGAUGAAGCAGCAGAUGCAGGACCAGUGACGCUCGUCGCGGACACACCGUCCGUUUCCGGGACGCCCUCCCACCCCUGGACCCCAGACCGGACUGUUCCCGACCCGGAGACGCGGGGCCACAGCCCCCAGCUGACCCUAAUUUAUUCUCAGCACCACCCCCUCCCAGGUCAUUCGUAUCUGCUUCCGAGGGGCUGGACUGUAGCCCCCGCCCAGCUGGCCCUCUCUGGCCUUGGGGGAUCAGGAGCGAAGUUGGGCGGGACUUCAAAGAUCCGCCUCUCUUGCCCUUCCCCCGCCCCCAGACGGUCACACCACCCAAACUGCAGGCCCUGCUCUAGCAGGCAGGUAAACCUAGGCAGAGGAGGAUUCCCAGGGUCCUGGGUCUGUUCCCUGCCCCAGUGCUGCAGAACGGACUUGGGAACCCUCCUUUGCCUGCUCCCGCGGGUCACCCAGCAAGUGCUGAGACCCCAUUUUCUGUCGAGGCGGGCCGGGUCUUCCCUUAGCCCCAGAAGCCCAGCGGGCAGGGUUGGGCUGAAUCGAAUGGGAGCUCUCCAGACUUAAGGAGGUGAGAGGCUGCAAGGAGGGCGGGCCGUGACCACCCACACCCCUUCUCCACAGCCCGGCCUGACCUGGAGGACCCCCGGGGCACUGGGCGGUGAGCCACCUCCUGGCAACUCUCGGUGCCGUCCCCUGCCCUGGCUCGAGGCCUCCCCAGCACAGCUGUGGUGUGCCGGGAUCCCGAGCCUCGGCCUCCUGAUCUUACCACCCGCAUGAUCCCUUCCCGCCACACGUUGCUCCGUUUUGUUGCGUUGUGAAUGCCGCGUCCUGUCCUGGUGACAGGAGAACAAUGUUGGUGAACGUC